UCAGUCUACUAAUUGAGCUCGUGUAGAUCAGUGCAAACCGAACUGCGCAAGUGUAAACAACUUUCAAACUUUAUUCAACGACAAUUACAAGGUGUAUUUGUUAACAUUUCAUUAAACUUUUGCCGAAACAUGAGCAUAUCUGGCAAAAUUCUUUACGACAAGGUCCGAAAUUUACAUUCGGAUCUUUCAAGUGUUAUAACACCAGAAAUAUUAGAAAAAACUUGCAAUGAACCUGUGGUUCAACCGUUUUUGAAAUGGUUCUGUGGAAAUGUGAAUUCCUUCAAUAUUAUUUCAAACGAGGAUAUUCAAAUAAAAAACAAGCUACAAGGGACAAAUGAAUGGUUGGAAGGUACCGAAUUAGAUAAUGCAUUGGAAGAAGCUACUAGAAGUUGUCCUGAUUUAUUAAAAAUUAUUUCAUUUGAUAAUGUGGAUAUAGAUGGCCAAUUUUCAGAACUUGAAAUAGCCAAAAAUGCAUAUGAGGAGGAUGAAAAUUAUAUUAACACCUUACAAAAUGGAAUUGAAAAUUUAAAAAAGUUAGAGAGUAAGUUAGAUGAAGAUUUGGAAAAUGAAGAAGCAAUUUUGAGCAGAGAAUACAUUAAAACAGACAAAGCGUAUAUGGAAUGUUCUGCAAUUGUGAAGGAAUUUGAUGAAAGCAAUCGUAAAUUUUCUAAAGAAAUUAAAUGUUUGUUAAACAUAUAUGCAGAUGCUGCUGAAAAUAAAGGUGCACCAUUACUGUGGACCCAAAUGCCAUUGGAACUUUUUAUUAGUAAAAUAGAAUUAUAUAAUCAUUAUUUAGAUGUUUACAUAGAACAGCAGUUUAAAAAUAUACACAAAGAAGAACAGAAGACUGACUCCAAUUAUGUUUCUCUAAUGUAUAAUAGCAAAGAAAAAUAUAUAGAUAACGAGAAGUUGCAAGAACUGUCGCUAUGCAACAAAACCUUAACCAACGCAAAAAUAAAAUUAAUUCUAGCUAAAGUACAGGAAGACUCCUAUAUAGCAAUGUUAAACCAUGUACAAAAUAUUUACAAUUCAGGGAACUUGAAAAUACCAAGACAAUCUGAAUUGAGAACAGAAAUUUCUAAGUUAACUAGAAAAAGAGAUCUCUUAGAAGAAAAUGUCUCCCUGUUGCAAGAACAUCAAUUGACAGAAAUUGUCCAACAAUUUGCAGAGCUAGAAAUAACUAAAAUAUUGAAAGAAAAUGCUGAUACAAAGCUAGAAGAAACGAAACUUUCUUUAGAAAGACUUAAAAACUUGCGAUAUCUUGCAAGGGAACAUGGUCAUGCCUACACAGAUUUAUUAUGCAUCUUAAUGGAAAUGCAGUUUCAUCGUCUGAAAAAUGUUUCUGAAUUCGUAGCCGAUGUCUACCAUUAUUUGAAAAUGGAAUACUUACUGUCUUCUGCAAGAUGUGAAAGUAUGCAGCAGGAACAAACCAAGUAUUUUUGUCUUGUGAAUUCUUCUUCAAAAGAACAUAAUUCUUUCAAUCAGUUCUUCAUUUCUAUGAUAUUUAAUGGUGAUAAUACGUGUUCAUUAAAUUCAGCAUUAGAUAAAUACAACGAAAUCAUGGAUGAAAAUAAAAACAAGAAACAAUUAAUACUAAAAGCACAUUUCAAUUCUAUAAUUCAUAAAUUGGAAGUAUGGGAAAAUGAAGUACUUCUACAGUACAUGGAUGAAAUUCAUAAAGGAUGUACAUUCUCGUUUGAACCAAUUUCUUAUGAAUUAGAAACUUGUUAUGGUGAAACAUCUAAUAAUUUACAAAAGAUACAAGCUGAUGUAAGAAAAAUAAGAAAUCAAAUGAAGGAACGAGUGAAAGCUGAUGUAAGCUUUGAACGAGAAAAGAAUAUUCUUUGGCAACGAUUUUUAGUUGAUUCUGAAACAUUGAAAAGGAUACACAAAAAAAUGAAAGAAACAGCUAAUAAAUCCUGUUUUGCACAAGUUUGAGAAUUAGUGAAAAUAGAUGUAGUUUGAAAUUGAUUAAUUGAAUAAUAAUAUUAAUAUUAGGUUGUAACAUAAAUUCAUUCUGUUAAAUUUGCAAGUAGGUCAGGUAUGUACUCUUUUAAUUUUUUCCAUGCACCAUGUUUUUGAUAACUGAUAAUUUCACUCCCCCCCCCCGUGCGCCCUGUCCACUUUUGAAGUGAAUCUCGCAUAUAAUGAAACACCUUGUAUAAAAUCCUAACUGACUCAUCGACUUAGAGAUAUUAAUUUUUGUUUGAGAAUAUCUGAACAAUUAAAUCGGGAAAAAGUUACCUUCAAACCUCUGGACUUAGAGGUUGAAAUUUUUUUAAAACGGCACCCAUUAAAAACGGAGUUUUAGAAAUCUGACCCCCCAAGGGGGUGAAAAAAGGGGUUGAAAUUUUUUAUUUUUUCGGAAAAGGUUAGAUCUAAAAGCAUGAAAUUUGGUAAAAAUACUUUUUGUUGAAAUCUAUUAUACAUAUGUAAGACGAAAUUUCGAUUUAUGUUUUUUAAAGGGGUGGAAAUAGAGGUAGUAGGUGAUCUAGAGAGUACUUGUUUAUCAGAAGUCGCACGUAUCAGAAACUUAAUUUCGUAAUAUUCAGACAAUGAAUCUUUCUGAGAAAAUAAAGAUUUGUUAAGGAAAAGGAAAAAUAAGUAAAGAAAAGUUAAUUAAUUAAUUAAGAAGGCCUCUAAGAAGACCACGCAAAGCACGGUUAAUCGACUAGUAUACGAUAUUAUAUACGUUUGUAAUAUUAUUUCGUUUUAUUUUAAAAAAUAUUUAUUUAUUAACAAUGGAUUAUUAUUAAAAAAUUUCUAUAUACGUACUACUUCUAUGUUUAAAAACAGAGCAUAGAUGUAUUAUCUUCAAGAAAAAAUAACAUUUUCGUAUGGGAAUUCCCAGAAAUUAUUUUUCUUUGAACAAUGUAUCUUAAUUAGAAUGAUUUGAAUUAUGCAACAGUUUUCUGUAUUGUUGCAUCGUUGAAUGUGACACACAUCAUGUUACCAAGGUUAACUUUAUGCAAAUAAAAUUAGGUGAAUGCCAGUUUUUUUAUAAGAAAUGUAGAGCAACGAUUAUAAUGUUUUCAAUAUAUUUUAUGAAAUUCA